UAUAUGAAGGGAAAUAUAAAACAAAUCAAACAAGACACAAAGAGAAUAUCUGCACCGGAUUGGCGACGUGAACACGGGACGAGAUCCACGCGCAAGUUUUGACGGAUUUGAACGGCUCAGGUGCGCUGGAGGAUCAGAGACAGCCAGUUGGCGGAUGAUUGUCGGUUUCGUGGAGAGGUGUCACUGCCUCUGCGCAAGUCACAGAUGAAGAUGAAGUCUGCGGCCGUCGUGGAUGGAGGCUUGUUCACAGAGAGCUAUUGUAACAUCUGCAAUGCCCAGCUCAUCUCCGAGUCCCAGCGCACCGCUCACUAUGAGAGUAAGAAACACGCCAACAAGGUGCGUCUCUUCUACAUGCUUCACCCUGAAGACGGAGGACCGCCGUCCAAGAGGCUGAGGCCAGAUAACCCAGACUGUGCGGAAACAGAGGUGGACAGGAACAAGUGCUGUACCUUGUGUAACAUGUUCUUCACCUCCGCCAUCGUGGCCCAGUCACACUACCAGGGUAAAACCCAUGCCAAGAGAGUGCGCCUGGUGCUGGGGGAGCCGCCCACCCUACCCACAGGCAUGACCAGCCCUACAAACACAGAUUCCUCCCCUUCCACACCGCUGCCCCCAGACCCCGCCGCGUGUCCGCCUCCUUCCCCAGCCCUGCCCUGGCCCGCGGCGGUGGUCGGCGGAAACGGCGGGAGAGAGGCCGGGAAGUACUGCUGCCUGUGCGGAGCCUGGUUCAACAACCCGCUGAUGGCCCAGCAGCACUACGAGGGCAAGAAGCACCGCAGGAACGCAGCCAGGGCACGUCUCCUGGAGCAGCUAGCGGGCAGCCUGGAUGCCACGGAGAGCACAGGGCUGCGCAGUAGUUACUCCUGCAGCGUCUGCAGUGUCGUCCUCAACUCCAUCGAACAGUACCACGCACACCUCCAGGGCUCCAAGCACCAGAACAACCUGAAGCAACACCAGCAGUAAAGCCACCGUGACAGGACACUCAGAAAAGCAGGAGAGAUGAAGACGGCGAUUACCGGAAUAAACAAAUUCAGAAAAGAGGACUCAUGUCCGAGAAAGUAGUUAUGAGAAAGUAGUGCCGAGUAACUUCAUUGUAUGUGUGUGUUUGUAAGUGUGUGUGUGUGGGGGUAUCAUGAGCAUCCAUGCCUGCAUCUGCGGUGUGCAUUUGCGGGUCAUUGUGAGUGUGUUUAUUUCUACCUUUGAUCUAAAAAUAUAUCUCCGAGAUUUAUUCAGCACCCAAGUGUUUGAUACGAGUUCUCAACAAGACAGCCACGGCCGUCAGAGGAGCUGCGGCUGCCAUGAAAGUCCUGUGUGAACCACAAUCCUAAAAAUUCUACUGAUGUCGGUGCGUUGCCCAGAGCGGUGAUAACCAUUACAAUGAUCGUCAUAGAGCAGCAGUUACACUAACUCCGUAACUAACCGUUCCCAAAGUGCUCCGACAGUGAUCCACGUCUCAACACGGCCGUUUUACAUGCACUUCCUACAGAGCGGCGCUGAUGGUGACACGCGCAUGGCUCACUCUCAGACCACUUGAGACCAACUCAGGCCCAGACGUUUGAAUCCAAGGACAAGAAAAGCCCCAAUGACCUCAGACAUUACAGAUUGCAUGAAGUAUUUUUGGUUUUAAAUCUUGUGUUGUCUGUAAAAGUAGCAUUAAUUUGUUUAGUUUUUUCAGAUGGUGAGUGUGUCAUUUUGAAAUCCAUCUUUUCAUGUUCCAAAUAAUCAGAAACCUGCGUGGCUCGGUUGCGGUGCAGACGACCCUGGAGAAAAGCAGCACAAAGACUUUUUAGCUCCUGCUCUGAAGUGAACUUCUUUGUCAAUCAUGUACAGAUGAAAACAUUCCCACGGCACUGAAAACUGAUGUCAGAUGCAGUUCAAAGGUGAUAUUAACGCCUCUCUGUUGAGAGUCGUGUAGAUAAUAUUUUUUUAUUUUUCUGUUGCAAUAGCCUGAGGAGAAAAAAAAAAAAAAUACUCCAUUCCAUGUAGCAGAAAACGAACAAUAAAUCCGGGGUGUGAUUCAGUGCAUGCUAAAUCAAAAACUUUGCAUUUACUUGCCUUUUUUUAAAUCCUACUGCUUGCGCGUUUUGGCAAAAGCGCUGCUUUCUAGAGAUAGCUUGGUAAUGCAUUUCUGCACAUGAACAAAGAGGUCAUCUUUUACUACGGAGAGGCUUCUUUUCAACUUCUUAAUUUAUUCAUCAAAAAAACGAAACCUUUUGAUGCCUAGGAAUUAGACCAGUCACCGCUGUUUAAAAACGCCUCCAUCUGUAGAGUCAGAGCGUCUGUGAAGUGAGUUUUAACAAUGGUUUGUAGCAGCGCAAGAUUUUCAGAGAGCAGAUACGCUCCAGUUUCCUGUGCUGGCACUGAGAUCGGCACUGAGCUGCGUUUCUCUACACGGACAGAGAAACACAGCGCUCAAUACUAAGCUAUGCUCUGUCAGCUCUUAUUGGUUCAAGCUCUUUUUCUUCCUCUAUAAACACAUUAAAAACAUUUUUAUUUUUUUUGCUUUGUUCAUUUCACGGUUAGGAGAGUGAACUACGAACGACCUGAUUUGAAACCGUUUCUUCCCUCUGCAGACAUUUGGAUGAGUAAUUGUUUUUUUAUGCAAUCGCGCUGUAGUAUUAACAACCAUAGCAAUGUGUUUUUGAAGUGAAAUUGUUUUACAAAGCAAAAAAAAAAAAGUGGUUUGUGUAAAUAAGCAGCGGCGGCAGGCAAUGUUUGUGUUUUCAGAAGAAGUUUUGUAUUUAUAUAGUGUUUAUCUGCUACGGUAGAAAAGGAGAGUGAACUUCUUAUGGAUAUUUAUAUUGAAAAAUACAAAUAUGUUGGCACUAAAAUGAGAAUGUCUUUUGGAGGGUGGGUUUUUGUUUUGAAUGGAUGAGCAUCAGUGAAAAUGAACCGAGGAGCGAGUGAUGACGGGCCAAAUUCUAGCGUCUGCAGAAAACACUGCUGUUUUCGUGAAGACAUCCACCAUCAUCACAAAGAUCUUCUCCUCAGAGGAACUGUUUUGCCAGCGGAUUCAUUAGAAAGCAAGAACGGCGACAGGACUGCAGACUGUUGGAUUUUAACAAGACGUCUAAAAAUUACCAACCCCGAUGUCGCCGGUAAUGCCAUGAAGAAAAAGAAAAAAAUAUCUAAAAACAAGGAGUCGUUUGGCAUUUUCUCUUUGCAUCAUGACUGUUUGGAUGACUAAUUACACGGACUCUCUCCAGCACUGGUGCAUUCACAAUAGAAGCGGUGUCUGUGUGUGUUGAUAUCACAGUCAGGGGAUGAGUGUGCCAUGAGUCACAUAUUUUAGCAGAUGUUACAUAAUAUAUGACAGAGAUGCAUCUAUGGGUAGGAAUUGUGUGAUACGAUGCUUGUGGGUGGGUGUCUGUGUAUGUGAAGCUGUCAGCUGCACUGGCAGUGGGAGCCUCGCUGUGAGCUGUGUACUGUGAGCACAUUUGUAAACACACCUGAUGAUGAAUACAACCAAGAUGACAACUAUAUCUAUUUUCUCUUGCAAAAAUCCAGACCUGUGUUUUUCUUUUUCUGUCCGUCUGUGUCACCACGUAGAUAAAGAGGGAGAAUUUGCUUUUAAUGGCAGUGGUCAUCUGUUACUAAACAUAACUAGUUUAGAAGUGAAAGGACAAAUAAGGGAUACCAAGGGUACGAAAUGUGGACAACGUCAUGCUGUGAAAUAUACAAAACUGCAAAAAAAAAUAGUGGUACUUUUUUAUUUCUAAUGAUAAUUAUAAUUUCUAUAUUAACAAUUGAAUGAAAAGUGCCCAUAACGCAUUACCGAUGUCAGAACACUUAAAAAAUAUAGAAUAUAAAGCUUCACAAGCAGAGGCAUUACUAGACAUGUGCUACUAUUGAAUGUGUGAGCUGGACGUUUUAACAGUCAUUUAUUGUUUAAAUUGUUAAAAAAACAAGAUGAAUCAAGAUCGGUCUCAAUCAGCGCAGCAGAUGACCGACAUAGAUUGAUAAUAUCAUAGAUUUGCUUUGCAGUGUAUGAAAAAACCUAAGUUUUACAAGUUAAGCUGCGUGUGCAUGCACUUUACAAUUUGAGCCCGUUCUUGACCAGAUUUCUGGUAUGACUCAUUUCAGAGUUGGACCAAAUUUCUGCCUUAAUUCCCUAAACAUGGCACUUUUUUUUUGUCACGGCGCCUGCGUGAAAUGGCAAAAACUAGUCAAAGUGAAACCAGGGCAUAGCAACACGACACGUCAUAUGGACCAAAAACGAUGGUCCAACAGAAUACCUGCCUGUUUGACAUUUCCUCCUCCUCCUAUGAGAGGCAGUGUGUUUCUCUCUUAUUAGCAUCGUGAAAGCAAACAAACUUUGACUUCUUCUUCGACAAUAACCAGAACAGACUGGAGGGGCUGACGUGUAAGUGCAGUGUGAAAGGAGAAGAGCUUGGGGUUUCAAUCGUUAGCAGUUUCCUUGUACAACAACACCUCUAAAAUUGCACAGUGUACGCCAAGCUUUAGGGGAAAUAGAGACAUUAUAAAACCUCUUCAUUAUUCAUAUAUUCUGAAGAUUUCAUUAGAAAUGUUAUUUACUUCACUAUUUCUAAUUGACAGUCUAUGUGAUGUUUCUAAAAAACAUAACUAUAUACUGGUAUAUUUGUAACAAGUUAAAAACACUAAGAUAUCUGAUGUGUCUUUCUGGCUGUUGCCUCAGGCUUCGGCUCAAAAUCCCUAUCAGCAACCUACAGGUUCACAACUCACACAGAGUAAAGCAGCAGAACACUGGAGUGCUUCAUACACACUCAUAAUACAGACUUUCACCAUGGUGACAACUCAUCACUAAUUCAUACAGAAAAGUAGGAGACAUGUGAAAAGCAAAGAGCGUUGAGGUGGGAACUGAACUGUGGGUGGGUGUGUGUGUGUUCCUGUACUUAUCCCUUUGUGGGGACCACUUUAAGCAUAGACCCAACAGAGUGCAGACGUUUUGACCGGUCCUCACUUUUUCAAUGGACUGUUUGAGGGUUUAUACUUGGUUUUAGGGUUAGGGUUAGAAUAAGGUUUAGGUUAAGGAUUUAGUUUGGAUGAUUAAGGUUAGGGUAAUGGGCUGGGGAAUGUAUUAUGUGUAUCCUCACAAAGAUUUAAGUACAAAUGUGUGUGUGUGUGUUGUUCUGUGAACCCUGUGUUGACCUGGAGACUUGCGUUGAAUAUAAAAAGUGGAUGAAAAAGGGUGAUGGAGAACUUCUCAAA